AUGGAAGGGAUUUUGUGGAAGUGGACAAAUUAUUUUAGUGGUUGGCAGCCACGAUGGUUUGUUUUGGACAAUGGCAUCAUGUCCUACUACAAGUCGCAGGAGGACGUGACCAACGGCUGCAAGGGGUCCCUCAAGAUGACCGUGUGUGAUGUCAUUGUUCAUCCAACGGACCCCUCCAGAAUGGACCUUAUCAUUCCUGGGGAGCAGCACUUCUAUCUGAAGGCGAGCACACCCCAAGAACGUCAACAGUGGCUUGUCACGCUCGGAAGUGCCAAAGCUUGCCUCAACUAUGGGAAGGCUGUGCCCUCUAUAGAAGAAAUUUCCCCGGAAGAGAUUCGAGCAAAGAAGUCGGAGCUUCGAUUGUACUGCGACCUGUUGAUGCAGCAGGUUCAGACGGUCAAGUCGUCGGUUUCUAAUGAUAAAGAGCCAAAUGUCGAGAAAAUAAACGAAGCGACGUGUUUGUUAAGCGCCACCUGUGAUACGUUUAUAAGAACAUUAGAAGAGUGUAUGACGAUCGUCAAUGCCAAGCAGGGCACACCAUAUCCGACAUCCCAUUCUGGAGGUCUGCAGGGCCCAGAUCCCUCGUUGCCGGCUUCUCCCGUGAAGGGUCAUCUCGCGAAACGAAAUUCCAAAGGACAGUUCAUCAGAGCAGGCUCUGUUGAUAGGCAUAUCUCCUCAGGAAAUGAUAAAGGACAACGAACAUUAAAGACAAUACUAGACAGACCUGAGCGACCGAAGAGAAUGUCCGAAUCCGAUGUCGGAAAUGACAAGCAUUCGGUUGAAGACCAUCGUGGACCACCGCCAAAUGACAUCCUACCCGAUCAUGAGAAAUGGCUAACUACGCCUUUGAUGCCAGUGCCUCUGAAAAAUGGCGACGUACGGCCUAAGGAUGGGAAGAUCCAGACGUUCUUUUCGAAUAUGACCACCAAAUUCUGUGAUGUAGUUCCAUUGCCAGACGGUGGCAUUCCAGUUUUACCAUUCCUUGAUGCCUGUCGAAACGUUUUGCCGAUUUUUGAUAAGUUGGGGGCCACUGCAUUUGCACCAGUAAAGUUGGAUAUAUCAGGAAAUAUCAGGAAAAUCCACAUGAAAUAUUCCACAAAACCUGAGAGUUUUCCAACGUUACAAAGUAUUGUUCUCUACGAGAAGUCGAUGAAACAGAGUCACUUGUCGACGUCUGCUACUGUGGCAUUACUGUGGCUGAAAAGGUCUGUUGAAUUUAUCAGUGAGUUUUUGAAGGAGUUUGUGAUCAGCACGGAUGACGAUUUAUCAGCAGGGGUGACCAACGCUUACUCCCGAACGCUACGACCAUAUCAUGGCUGGGUGCUAAGAGGCAUGUUCGCAGUGGCGCUCAGCGCUGUACCAUCCAAAAAGGAUUUCAUGCUGCAUUUAUCGCUGCACGAAGAGGACGCCAAGCAUUCCGACUUCAGCAAACAGCUCAUGUUAGACAUGGAGCAGUGUCUGAAUGCCCAGGACCACCUCAUUAAGAUAUUAUCAGAGUUUUACGUGGACAAUUCGUUAGACUCGAGCGAACAGAUACAGCGCAUGUGCAUGUCCUAGUUCUUUCUGUCCGUUUUCCACCUAAGUUGCCAUGACUAUGACAUCACUUUCCCAAGGUAAAGGAUGCAUUUACGCACAUUUGGCUUGCUUCAGUAGUGCCUAGCAUAUAGCAUUUUAUUUGUCCAACAUUAUAAUCUUUCAUUUCAGCCUGAGCCUCAAAAAUGGCUACAUCAAAAUUCGGUGGAAGACAAAAUUCUGUCUUCGCUGCAUUCAUUCAAAAUGGUCACUGCUUUGAAUUUGAAAUUUCACACAAAAUUACAAAACUAUUAAAAACAGUUGCAAAAUUUUCACGGUUUCGAGUAGUUUUUUUGCUUCAUCCUGUAGUGCGUAGCAUAAUGCAUAGUGUAUCCUCUGUUAUUUCAGCAUAACACGUGACCUGGCGCUUUUUUGCUUCAUCCUGUAGUGCGUAGCAUAAUGCAUAGUGUGUCCCCUGUUAUUUCAGCAUAACCCGUGACCUGGCGCUAUUGUUGUUUUAGUUUGCUUCAGUAGUGUAUGGCUUUAUGUGUAACUCUGCCUUCAAUUUCAUUCCAGCAGUGAAGAGCCUGUACAGUGUAGCUUCAGAGGCUUUGCAUAGUCGAUGCAAGCUUUGGUCAUCGACAGCAUGGGAGUGCCUCUUCCAGCCAACGGAUGUCGCUUUAUGUGUAGUGCAUGGUAGUUGCUUUGUCGCUUCCUCUUCCGACUACGGGAAAUGCAAAACAUGGUUAAAACUAGUUUCAUCAGUGUUGCCUACAGUAUUAAUUGUGAUCUGAAUUGCUUGACCAUAAUUAGCAUUGGUUAAAAACUGUCGUCAUUGGCAACUAUUGCUGCUGAUUGAGGACAAUAAUGAAGGUUUUCUGAUGAAAUGACCAGGGCUUGGUGAAGAGGUCUUUGCCUUUCAGAUGGUGAAACCGUCAUUAUUCUGAGCAUUUGGGCGUCAAGUAAACAUGUUGAUGACUGCUGUGCAGUGUGGCAGCGCUUUUGAGACGUGUGGGCUCUUGUAUAAUUUCCAUAGCGCUUUUGAGUCAUAUGGACUUGUAUGGACUCGUGUAUACAUUCCGUAGGACUUCUGAGAAGUAUGGACUUUUAUUGAACAAACUCUUGCAUACUUUCCAUAGCUCUUCUGAGAUGUAUGAAUUUGUAAGAACUCUUGUAUUCUAAGUACUUUCCAUAGCGCUUCUGAGACGUUAUCACUUGUGUUGACUCUUGUUUACUUUCUGAAGUGCUUCUGAGACUAAUUAUUGACUCUUGUAUACUUUUGUAAUGCUUCUGAGACGUAUGCACUUGAGUUGACUUGUUUGCUUUCCAUAGUGCUUCUGAAACUUAUGGACUCUUGUAUACUUUCGUUGCGCUUCUGAAAUGUUGGGAUUUAAAUGGACUCUUGUAUACUCUCUGUUGCGCUCUUCUCUGAAAAAGAGAACAGAAGGUUUUGUUCAUUAUGCGAAGAGCGGUCAUCCGAAACAUCCAUCACCAUCCACAAGGGUCCACAAUGUUCAAACUCGGGUUUCAAGUCAUCAAAAUUAAAUUUAGGAGUGCAUUUAAGUACACCGUUUUUGAUUGAAUACAUUUCCUUAAUAUUUCAUUACAUGUGGUUGUAUGAUGAAGGUGUUGUUGUCUUAAGAUCACAAGCGUGCAGUAAUUUGGGAAGCUUUUGAUUACAAACCUGGAGGACGCUGACACUGUUUAGUAUAACAAAAAAAUAACUGAAAAAGCUUACACUGCAAAGAAAUGUUGACUUGUUGCUUUCAUGACAUCAUUAAAUACACGUAAUUCCAGUAAUUGUAAAAAAAAUGAUUUGGGUAGUCUAACAAAACUAACUAACUGGUGGCUAUGUGUGGGUGUGUAGGUAUUUAUAAUGUUUAUUGAAAGGAUGAUUUCGUUUGUUGUAGCAAACUGUAAAAUUGGCUGAUCAAUCCCUAUUUGAGUAGUUGAUUUGGUAUCUUUAUGCACCCGUGUCUGAGUGUGACCACAUGGUGUAAUGGAAACCUGUGUUGGUCGAGAGAAUAUCCAAUAUCGAUCUGCAUGGAGAAUGAUUCUAAACGUGUACCAUAUAUUCAAAUUCGUUCUCGAGAUUUUAGACGUCAUGUUUGUAAUCAAAUGGACUUUUGAUUCACAGGUAAACUUAUAAAUCUAUCAUCUGUUUCCUGUUGAAGUUGAAAUAAUCUUGUUAAGUUCACUUAAGUCAAAAAAUUAUAAGGCGUGCUCAGGCCAUAUCAAUUUUCUUGGAAGUAAAUUGGUAUGGCCUCAUAUAUUUGGUUCAUAUUCCUUUCUUUGUUCUUGUGAGCUGUUGUGCAUCUGUGUAUAUAUUGAUGACGACGUAAGUUAUGAUAACUUGGAAACUGUAGGCCUACUUAGAAUGUUAACCCCUUCAAUGCCAUAAACAUGAUAAAAGCAAUUUGCACGCCAAUUUUCAGAUUAACAAGGUCACUUGAUUUAACUUCAUUGAAGGAUAGACCAUGUGUGAUAUGAAUAAAGACUAGGAAAUGCUUUUACUUAAAACUUCACGUACAUUUACACUAGGCAUUUCUGUACAAAAUAGAAGUAAAAGCAUUUACUAGUGUUUAUUCAUAUCACCCAUUGUCACCAGGAAGGUUUCCUUGACCACUGACUGAGGCUAAGGCCGAAUCCGGGGCCCUGAUGCCCGGAUGAUGUUGAUGAUGAUAAUAACUGAUUUUCCAGUUCACUCGUGUCAUGAGAGGAUUGGUAUGAGAGCUUUGGUUUAAGAGGGGUUAAGGGCCACAGCGACUAACUUCUGGAUAUGUUUUGAAAUGAGGAUUAAAGAAUAAAUAUGGGCAGUAACUCACAGAGAGGCUCAUGGUCAGAAAAAAAGAGUACGGUAGAUAAGAAUACAUGCAGUUUGACCUUACUCCACUCGAUGAUGUUUAUCUUUUAUUCAGUGUUUUAAAAACAGUCCAGAAGUUGGUUCCGAUGGUCCUUAGUAACAUAUCAUAAAACUGUACUUAGGUAUUAUCAACAUAAAGGUAUUUAUUAUUUGUAUACACACAUUCUAUAUUCUAUGUCAUUUUCAGUGUCUAAUCAUUAAGACCGUCAUGAGGCCUUUCAAAGGACUGGGGCAAAAACUGCAUUGAAAAAAUUAUUUGCAGGGUUAAAUAACUUAUUCAGUUGCUUCAUGGUUUUUAGUUCAUUGGGGUAAUCUCAAGGAGUACAUGUGCCUACUCCAGCUGAAGGUCAUGAUGUGUCUGCUUAAAAUGCUGAAAGGGUUAAAGGAGAUGCAGGGCGAAUUAAUUUAGUUCCAUAGUUAGAGGCCGCAACUGGAGGCAAUCGUUUACUGUCAUCAUUUACCGACAGUCCUUUGAAAGUGCAUACGUGUAAUCAUUUGCCAUAUUCCCACUAGUCAGAAAAUUUUCAGACCGCAUAACAUUGUAUUUUACUUUUGAUUUUCAAAGUUUAUUAAUGGAACUAAUGUGUUUAAGUUUUGAGCUAAAGUUUAUGUUUAGAGUGUAGAUGGUUUGGAUUGAGUGGGGUGGAAAAUCAUUGAGUAGUUUAAUGUUAGAAUUAUGUUGUACGCUUCAUGUUGCUGCAAACUUGGCCAUGUCAUAUCUGUGAGCAGAGAAAAUAUUGCUCAAGUGUUUUUUUCGCAUUGCAUGCGAUUAGCAGAUGAAAAAUUAUAACAGUCCCUUUAACACAAUUGAAGACAAGUUUUAAUUAGAGAUUUUCCAGUUAUGUAAAUAAGUUCUGACGAUUAAUUACAAUAAUGCUGUUGUAUACACUGAUAUUCAAACAUUACACUGGCAAGUUUUCAUUACACUGGUGCAUGUAUUUAUUCAUAAUUACCAGCAGGCCACAUGUAAAUGAUGUACAUGUUUAUAUCAAACAAGUAUGGUCACAUUUGGAUAAAUGUCAAUUUGCAGAAUUUCUUGAAGUAUUUUCAGUCUUCAUUGAGUGGUAUACUAUGGAGGUUGUUUGUAAUUAUUCCCUGUGAAUAGACUACAUGAUGUAGAAGAUCAUGAGGAAACCAGCCCUGUAAGAUAUUUAGUCGCCCUCCAACUUCAAGUACCCCGCUGAUACUACACACAGUGAUGAUCGGCAUAAUUUACUGUGAUGAGGCAAAAUUAGAAGUAAUUUGGUGGACUACAAGGCAACCAGGAUGUGAUAGCAAGAUCGGUUAUGUAACAACAUAUGUUGACCUCAGCCUUUGGUCCGGCAACUCAGCAGGAGGUUACCUGGCUCAGAUAAGCUGAGAGCUAAAGUCAAUAAAUUAUUCCUCAGAAACGCUCCCCUCAUCAAAUAUCCAUCCCCCAGCAUCUAAGGCAUUUUCCAUUAGUUGGUGGGGGAUGGUUAGGAGAUAAUUUUUACAGGGCUGGUUUCCUCAUGCAGUAAUGUGUAAGAUAGAACAAUAAACAUCAUAUUUUGUAUAA